UGGGUAACUCGUGACCAGUCACGAGUGCUCGAGACUUGAUUCAGAUUGUCCGCAUCACUUCCACGCAAUGCCUCAGCUUUUCCGCCUUCAAAGAUCUUUCUAUCCUGCGACGACGCCUUGCAAGCUCAACGUGAGCUCGAGCGUAGUGGCCGCUCAUUCGUCCACUGACAUAUCAGCUCAGCUCAGCUCAGCUCAGCUCAGCUCAGCUCAGCCUGGCCUCAUCCUCAACCUCCACCCUCGACGACCUCCUCCUCCUUCUCUUGCACCAUCUCAUCAAGGCGCUCACCCGCAACCCCCUUCUCGCACUCGCGAUCAUGUCCAGCAACAGCAGCAGCAGCAAUGCGACGCUUCGACGUUGGGUGUCUGACCACUCCAUGUCCCUCUUCGGUCUAUCCGAUUCCUCCAUGAUCGACUACCUUCUGCUAACAGCCACUCAAAGCUCUUCCCUCUCCGCACUCUCCUCUUCCCUCUCUUCAUUGGGCUUGCCCGACAAUCUGGAAGGUCAAGCAUUCGUCAAGGGUUUGUGGCAACGUGCGGAUCGACCGGCCUCGGCCGUCGCUUCCAUCCAGACCCCCUCUGCGUCUGCUAGCACCGCUGCGCUGCCUAUGCAACGAGAGAGACAGAGAUAUGGUUUGUUGCUGGACGAUGCCGAUGAGAUGGAAAGUCUGUCUAUCAAGCCUGAAAAGCGCAAAAAGAAAAAGGCUCGACUGGCGGCAGCGACAGCAGACCAAGGAGAAGAAGACGUGGAGCGAGGAAGGAAGCGCGGACGAGAAGAGGCAGCGGGAUCAGAAGAAGAGUCGGAAGAUGUUCGAUUGGAAAAGGCGCGAUUGCAAGAUGCGCAGGAGCGGGACGAAUUCAGUCGACGUAUGCGGGAGCGCGAUAGCGGGUCAUCGAGCAGCAAGCGAUUGAUCGAGGAUCGAUCAUCCAAAUCCAAUCCCGAAAUAGAAGCUCGUCGAUUAUUGGCUGAAGAUGCGGGUGCGCGUCGCUUAGCCAUGCCCGAUCUGCGUCAACGUUCUCGUCAGGAAUAUUUGGCAAAGCGCAGCGUUCAGCAGUUGGAAUUGUUGCGCAUGGAAGUGGCGGAUGAGGAGAGGUAUCUGCGCGGUAUCAAGGCGACAAAGAGGGAGAGGAGAGAGCUGGAAUACAAGAAGGAGGUGCUCAGGAUUGCGGAAGAGAGGGCGGGAAUCGAUGAGGAUGAGGACAAGUACGUGAUGCCCGAGGAUUACAUUACCGAAAAGGGAAGAUUGGACAGCAAGAAGAAGGAACAAGCUCUGUAUCAGAGGUACGAAGAUUCGCGCAACGAGCGAUUGGCGCAAAAGAAUCACAUCACAGACGUGGACCUCUUUGAGCGGGAGCAGAUUGAAAAGUCUCGCAUCGCACCGUUGCGCGCAGGAGAUGGCGGUAUAGCAGGAACGACGUUGGCACAAGCAGAGGAAGAAGAAGCGUACGAGUACGUGUUCGACGAUUCUCAACGCAUUGAAUUCCUCAUGGAUUCUCCCGAGAAAUUGGCGGACGCUUUCGCAUCCCUCUCCUCCAAAGAUGCCGCUUUGCAAGCUCAGAUCAAAGAAGCCGAAGCUCGAGUCUCGUCGAUCGAGCAGCGAAAUGCAAGCGAAAAUCUUUGAGCCCACUCCGAAGGGCGCUAGAAAGGUACGCGUGCUUCAGAGCGGCCCGACUUUCAUGCGGACGUGUUGUGUAGGGUGCUGACACUCUGCCCGUCCACGUGAAUGCGCCCCACUCGAUAGGUCGUGCUGGCUACGAACAUCGCAGAAACUUCCAUCACCAUCGAUGGAGUCGUCUUUGUCAUCGACCCCGGCUUCGUCAAGCAAAAUUCUUACAAUCCCAGGACCGGCAUGUCCUCUUUGACCGUCGUGCCGGUGAGUGGCUCAGCUCUGCGUGCGGAAUUCCGA